AUGUCGUAUAUGUUACCGCAUCUUCAUAAUGGUUGGCAGGUUGAUCAAAGUAUAUUGUCUGAAGAAGAUAAAGUUGUUGUUAUUCGUUUUGGUCAUGAUUGGGAUCCAACAUGUAUGAAAAUGGACGAAGUAUUAUAUAAAGUGGCUGAGAAAAUUAAAAAUUUUGCCGUAAUUUAUCUCGUGGAUUUAACUGAAGUGCCAGAUUUUAAUAAAAUGUACGAAUUAUAUGAUCCAUGCACGGUGAUGUUUUUCUACCGUAAUAAACACAUUAUGAUCGAUUUGGGUACGGGUAAUAACAAUAAAAUUAAUUGGGCGUUAGAAGAUACCCAAGAAUUUAUCGAUAUUAUUGAAACAGUUUAUAGAGGAGCAAGAAAAGGAAGAGGUUUGGUUGUGUCACCAAAAGAUUAUUCAACUAAAUACAGAUAUUAG